AUGGACGGCAAAGUCAUAGCAAUAACCGGGGGAGCCUCAGGAAUUGGUCUCGCGACCGCAAAAGUGCUCGCCAAACGAGGGGCUAAGCUGAGUAUAUCUGACCAGACAGAAGGUGCUUUGAAAGCCGCCGUAUCGACUCUUGAAUCUGCAGGAGCCAGCGCAGAGAGCAUUUCGACCUACAAGCUUGACGUGCGCGAUGUUGGUCAAACUAAGGCAUGGCUCGACGAAAUUGUCAAGAAGUUCGGGAGACUGGAUGGUGCGGCGAACAUGGCAGGAGUGUCUGGCAAGAACUUCGGCACCGUACCGCUGGUCGAGCAGAAGGACGAGGAUGAGUGGGAUCUGAUCAUUGGUGUGAACCUCACCGGCGUCAUGAACAGUAUGAAAGCUGAGCUGAAAGUCAUCUCUGAUGGCGGCAGUAUAGUCAACGCUGCUUCUGCCGCAGGCGUGCGAGGAACCCAGAACGGAUCAGCCUAUAGUGCUUCGAAGCAUGGGGUCAUUGGCCUCACGAGGUCAGUGGCCAAAGAAGUUGGGCAUAGGGCUGUUCGGAUCAACGCAAUUGCUCCGGGUGUCAUCGACACACCCAUGGUAAGAGGUGUAAGUGAUGUGGUGACGGACAAGAUGUUCGAGGCAGCCAAGACGACUGCUCUGGGACGAUCGGCAGAUCCUGAGGAGGUAGCGAAGCUGAUUGCAUUCCUUUUGAGCGACGAUGCGAGCUACAUUACAGGAGCGGUGCACACGGUAGAUGCUGGUCUGACUGCCUAA